GUAGAGUCGUGGGAAGAGGAGGACAGGGAUCGUGUUGAGACUGAGGCGAAAUACAGGCGCGCUCGGAUCGUUGGAUGCGUAUCGAUCAUAUCCACUCGAGAGUACAAGAAUUAUUCGUGGAAGGCUCUUCCUCCAGAGCAAUAGCACCGCACGCCUCCCCUAUGAUCCUCAGCGGCCAGGGAUCACACAACGGUCCGAACGAAUCUCUUCGCGGUAUCGCUGUUGAACAACGCGAUGGCACAGCUGAACUUGGUCAGAAGAUACUAUGGCUGGCCAAUGUGGGUCGCCUUCUCCCCGCAGUCAUCAUGCAUCAUCGAGAACAUAAUCUCAUCCAAUUGACUUCCCCGCUGUUCUCUCCUGCGCGGUCCACGAUCAUCAGGGCCGUGAACGAGUUUGCUUUCGCGGACAAGCCUGAGCCUCAGUGGCAAGAUGAAGCCAUUAUUCCGGCAGCAUUAUUGGAGCAGUUGUCCUUCUGUGUGACAUUCAUGUUCUUCGCUGGUGAUGCCUCCUCGUUGAUUACUCGACCAUCUCAUCUGCCGCACAGUACUUCCAUCCAAUUUUACAAUGCUCUAUUAGGCUAUGGCCAUCGACAUUCCCAGCGCCGCGGUCCCAGCAACAUCGAAUACCUUUCUCCGACUUCCGGUGCAGGGGAUUAUCCCUGUGACCUUCUUUCCAACGACCAUCCAAGCUCCAUUUUUAUCUCCAAGCGAUUCUCCGGUGCAUUCAUCAAGCUUGCAUCUUUCCACGCUUAUCUUGUACAAUUCAUCGCCGCCCAAGGCGCAUUCUCUCCUAACCUUCU